GGGUAAGCAAAGCAUGGGUCGAGAUCUGUAAAAUAAGUCAGGUAAAGUCACUGGAGAACUGGGCAUGAAGGUACACAAUAAUCUGACAAGGAGUGGUUGUUUGUGAGAGAGGUAUAUAGAGUGGAGUGAUGAAUGAGAGGAGGAACAGAUGUGCUCGAACCAGUGAAUGAGGCAGCAAAACAGAAGCAGUGAACUGCAGUAAGGACUCGCGGGUGAUCAUGAUGUAUUGGUUAGCCAGAUGGGCAUGACCUGGCGGGCCGUGACAUAGAGCAGGCAUGAAGAUCUUCAGCAUCCUUGUGUUUCUGGUGCUGGUUUUAAAAGCAGUUGCUUCUGUGCCAGCUGGUUAUACGAUGGCCAAGCUGAACCAGUCCGUUACACUCCUCUGUACUGGGAGAUGUUCUGGAGUGAUGAAAUGGAUCCAGCCCCGGAAUAAAGGCGUGUGUGUGGCUGGGUGUGAUCAGACAUCCUGCUGGUCAGAGGUGGGCUAUGAACUCUCUCAUGAUCAGUACGUGAGGGGGAACCUGUCUCUCACCAUCACUGCAGCUGAGUACAGUAAGAGAACCUGGUACACGUGUCGAUGUGACGGCAGAGAUGUGUGUGAUGUGAUUCUCCGCAUCGAGCCUCUUGAGGUCACCAGACAUAUGAAGCAUGGAGAAGCUCUUCAUCUGGACCUGCCCAUCACAGAGAACGUUGAGGUGACCUUUAAGCAGUCAGCUGAUGAUGGCUCUAUCGGAGUGUGUACAGUCGAUGGGCGUAAACUUGAGUGUGACUCAGGAUAUAAGAGCAGAGCAUCGCUGAAGUCGUCUCUGACUCUGAGUGAAGUGAAGGACUCUGACUGCGGUGUGUACACUGUGCAGGACACCGAGAAUAAAGAGGUCAUCGCUUCCUAUACUGUCACAGGGUGUAAAGCAGCAGAUCAGGGUGCUGGGGCAGUCCCCGUGUCUCAGACUCACAAUCUCAGACGCCGCAGUGUUUCCUCCGAGGAGAAACCAUGUCCAGAGCAGGAGAGUCGUAUGCCAGCGUGGGGGAUCGCACUGAUGGUGGUGAUGUUUCUGGUCAUAAUUGUGCUGACGGGAGUGAUCGUUCGUCUGCAGUCCUCAGGCCCACAUUAACACUGUAUUUCGAAUAUGUCAUGUAUCCCAUACUGACUGUGCCAUGUUAUCUCCCGCGCUAGUGCUCCAGGCUUUGUAGUAAUCAAUUUAACUCUGUUUUAUUUCUAUAGCGUAAAUUUUAUUUUUAUUUCUAUAGCGCUUUUAACAAUGUUCUUUAUUGAGCAAGCAGCUUUACAGAAGUAAAAUAAUCACUGAAAUGAGUAUGAAAAGUGUAAGGAAAUGUGUAUGAACUUAACAGAUUGUCCCUGAUGAGGCCGACCGUGGUGAGGAGGAACUGCCUAAGAUUGAAAUAGGAAAAAAAAAGGGUCAAGGUCAAAGAAAGGUUUUACGUCUGAGAUUAAUUCUAAAGAGCUUCCUUCAUGUUUGAUGUGUAUUUUAAAGAAAUGUUAAUUCCACACAUCAGUAAGGAGAAGUACUGGUUAGUGAUGGACGCAUCCCUGUGUGUGCUGUAGGUGUUGAGCUCUAAGAGUCUCGUUUAUAACGACUUCUGAUUCAUUCAUCACUUAGUUUGUACACUUCAGCCUGUUCAGGGUCGCGUAUUAUUUUAAACACCGCUGGUGCCUCCUACACUGAUGAUGUGCACUGAAACACCAGGGCCUGUGUUCACUAAGUGUCUCAGAGUAGGAAAUCACGGCCAACAAUUCUCAGAAUGACACCAUUUUAGUCCUACUUUUAGGAGUAGGAAUAAGAGCUAGUUUAAAAUUCUUAAAAUAGAAAAUCACUCCUACCUCCACCAAAAUGUAAUAGAGCUCCGAAGGUGUCUUAAGUGGUUAGGAGUAGUGAGGAAGAGACGUUUUAGUAACAUUGUGUUUAACCGGCCCUAUAAUGAACAUGUGGUAUGCUAUCUCCGCAGGUGAUGACUGAAACUCUUACAGCACCUGCGCAGAUUCGUACAUUUCCUAACCACAUGUAGGCAUCAUCCGUGGUACACACAUUAAAAUAAUUAUAUUAAUAUAUACAUUUUAAAUACUUUAUUGAUUUGAGAUCCUCCGUUAUAAGCAGCACUUCAUUAACAGGGCGUGCCCCGUGUUUCACACCCCUUAAGGGGUUCGUGCUGCAGACUGACAGGUGGCACUGAUGAUUAUACAAAUUGUCUCUAUUCACUUUUUAUCUUUAAAUGUCGCCAUCUAGUGCGACAAUGGGAGUAAAUUCACACAUAUGGGUCAGUGUACGGAGAUGAAGUGAGGCAGGUGAGCCGUAGCCAUUAGACACGCCCACUCAGGUGUACAUGCUGGUGUUUAACUUAAG